AUGACAUCAAUUCAAUCAACUAUUGCUGAUAAACUUCAUACUGAUCAAGUAACAGUAAGAGAAAUAUUGGCAGAAUUUAUUGCAACAUUAUUUUUUGUGAUGAUUGGAACAGCGGCAAAUGUUCAAUUUGCUUCAACUGGUGGAAGUAACAUGGUAGUUAUUCCAAUAGCAUGGGGUAUAGGAUUUGCUUUUUCUGUAUACCUAGCUUCAGCUGUUUCAGGUGCUCACAUUAAUCCUGCAAUUUCUGUUGCCCAAGCUAUUCUUGGUAAUCUUUCUUUUGCCAAAUUACCACACUACAUUUUAUCUCAAUUAGUUGGAGCUUUUAUGGGAACAUUAAUAACAUAUACUAGUAAAUAUGAUGAUAUACAAAAAAUUAGUAGAAUGUUUGGAAAUAAUACUUAUGCUGGUGAUAUUCAAGUAGCGGGACUAUUUACAACAUUUCCAGCACCACAUAUGACUGCAUUUGGUUCAUUUUUUGAUCAACUUAUUGGAACAGCUAUCUUGUCAGGUUGUAUUUGUUUAAUAACUGAUCGUAGACAUCAUAUUCAUCAAGGAGUUGUUCCAGCAUUAGCAGGAGGAAUUAUGGCUAUGAUUGCUUUAACUUAUGGAACAAAUGGUGGAUUUGCUAUUAAUCCAGCUCGUGAUUUUGGACCAAGAUUCUUUACAUGGAUUGUUGGUUAUGGAAGUAAAGUUUUCUCAUAUGGUAAUUAUUAUUUUUGGAUACCUAUUGUUGGACCAUUUAUUGGAGCAUUAAUUGGAGCAUGGAUAUAUAAACUUUUUGUUGGUCUUCAUGGAUUAAGUGAAGUUUUAGAAAUUACUAAUCCAAAAUCAAUACUUCCAUAA